AUGUCCACGAUUUCAACGCCGGUUAUGUCUCGGCACUCUAAUAGUACGGGUGCACCUCUUCCUAUCAUUCCUCGCAGGGGCUCGUCGUCGUCUCGCAUAAAUACGGCAGCAGCUCAAUUUGUAUCGCCCCCAAAAGCGACUGCGAGCCCAGUCCAGAUAACUGUGCAGCACGCCACCCCUCCAGAAGAUGAGAAGUCGGGUCCGAUAAGCCUGCGUAGGCGGGUGAGACCCAACACUUCCUCGGACCCAGCUCUUCUGUCCCCUCAAUCCAAAUCUCGACCUCUUCUGAGAGUCACGACACCUUCUCAAGCCACCCUCACGCCUUCUCGUCCACCUCGCUCAAAGAAAGAGAUUACACGGGCCCACCUCUCUGUCGUUGAUUCUUCUUCAUCGGAGGAGGAGUUCAAACAAGAGCUUGCAAAGGAUGCUACCCCAAAGCCAUCAACAUCCACCGUGACACCCACCCCUACAGUCGUUGACAAGACUCCUAUACAUCGAACCUUGUCAGAAUCUCAUGUCUAUCGUCCCGGCAUCCUUUCACUCCCCAAGUCAACACUACCUACCUCACCCGAAACCCCUGUCCCAUCUGUGAUUCGCAACAAGUCAGGUCAGCCGGUAAAAUCGUCCCUCAAAAGAUCUUCGUUAAGUGGUAGCCUCAAGCUCGGCUUGAGCGGCAUUUCCAGCAAGAGCGAACCCUCGACGCCGACCAUCCCGAAGGCCGUUAAGUUCGACACGUGUCUUGAGCGGGUGAAGUUGUUCUUAGCGGAACAGAAACCUCUCGCUGUAUCGCGGGAUGGGAGUCCAACUGACGAAACAGAUAGUGAUUUCCCCGCUUUUAUCUUCGGAAGAGACGACAAGAAGAAUCUGACGAUGAAGGUUGUCAAUAUGCCCUCGAUGAUCAAUUCAGCCGCGAACGUGGCAUUGGAGCAGAUGAAAUUACUACCGGAGCUUUCAUCGGUAGUGGGACGUGUCAGGGUCAAGAAUUUAGCCUACCAGAAAUGGGUAGCUGCCAGGUUUACUUUCGAUGAUUGGCAAACCACUAGCGAGGUUACCGCCAAGUAUGUGGAAUCUGUUUCCGGCAACGUGGAUGUUUUUACCUUCGUGAUAAAGUUGAACGAUAUGUUGGCACGAUUAGAGGAGAAGACGAUGAUGGUGGCUAUACGUUAUACCGUCGGUGGGAGAGAAUUUUGGGAUAACAAUGGUGGAAAGGACUACAUGAUUUCCUUCUUCAGGCAGUCUCAGCCCCCCGCGGAAAGUAGGCGCACCUCCAUUGAAGAUUCCCGUUCCUCUGGGGAUAUAUCAGCCCUUCGAAAUAGGCUUGAAGAGGUGGCCCAGAAGCAGGAUAGCGAGCUGAACGCUUCGUCCAUGAUGGGAGCACGUCGCGUAACUCAUCAGAGAAAACCGCUACCUGAUUUCAAGGCCAGCAAGUCCCUUGCUGAUCGCUACGAUUUUGGUUCGUCCUUCAGUGAAACUUGGGUGCCACCGUCUCCAACGGCAACCUUUUCUCGGAGCAGACACGCCAGAAUGAAUUCCCAUCCCACUACGUCCCCUAAGAACAACUUAAAGCAUGUCUCACGGAAGCCAAUUCCUGGGUCGCCCAGGGAGUGCGACGAUGAUACCUUCCAACCCUCACCUUUCGUUUCAUCUGACUUGGAGGACGUCCCCUCUCCAUUACAGAAAGAACGACUCACGAGAAACCAUCAUCGCGGGUAUGAUUUGGACGUUCUCGAAAAUACACCUCGGUUGAAAAGGACGCCCGCGGGCGUCAUGGAUUUUGAAUCGUCGUCGUCGGACGAGGGGGGCAUAACGACAUCAUUUUGCGUGUCUUCCGCAGAGUACUUCACGCUUUCCCCGCUCGAUGUCACACCAAGGUCGAUGUCGGACUUGGCGCUUGAAACUCAAAGUGCCUUUUUGAUGCCGCCUAUUGCGUCUCCGCUGUCGGAAGCAACGCCGGCGUUGUCAUCGCCUUCGUCAAACAGUUCAACCUCGUCGUCGCCCUGUACGGAUGAUUUUAUCUCGACGCUCACGGCCGCUUUGGCGCGGGAUAUUGAAUCCGAGAGCACGAACUAUCAUCAGUUUCUGAGCAGAUUUUGCUUUUACACUGGAACUGAGUUGAACGGCUGUUCGAGUUCCGAGACCAAUUCUCCCACUGAGGAUCUUUCGCGGUCGUCCUCGUCUGAUAGUGUUGAAUUUCUUCUCUCUUCGUCACCAAGGCUGCAAGGAUACGCCAAUUGCCCACAUCUCACAGCUCCAGUUGUAAGGAGUGGAUCAGUCACACCAACUUCCGUUAUCAGCGGCACUUCCGAGGAAAGGUCUCCCACUCCCGUAUAG